UAGCGCCAAAUCAACUGGCGGAACCGAGGCCACUGAAUAUAUUUGCACGUGCGAUCGGCCUAAAUCAAGUUGUGUCUUGCGAAGCAGUUGUGAGAAGAUGUUACGUAAAUUUGCACAAAGCCAAACGGCGAAACAGGCAGCCAAUUGCUUGGUAAGAAGCAAAGCGACUUAUGGACGCAGUGCCUCAAGAUCUCCAAUGAGUGCCAGCUCUCCAGCCCAAACAGAAAAAUGUUUAAAUAGUGUUCAGCUUCUUGGUAGAGUUGGACAGGACCCAAAAGUGGCUGGAAGGUCAAGGAAAGUUGUCCAGUUUUCAAUGGCAACAACUGUCUAUUACCAGCCUUCAGGUGAACAAGGAUUUGCUUCACCAGGUGGACUGGAAAGCAAGACUUCAUGGCACAACAUUGCUGUAUUCAGACCUUAUCUUCAAGAAAAGGUUGAAAAUUAUGUAAAGAAAGGAUCUCGAGUGCUCGUCCAGGGAUCUCUUGAAUACAGCUCAUAUGUUGAUGAAAGUGGCAACCAAAAGAAUAGCGUGUCAGUUAUUCCAGAUGAUAUUAUUGUCCUCGCCACUCCUGGUCGCGAAUCAUCUUAUUGAAAGCUACAACCAGUUGUGAAAUGUAGAUGCAUUUAUUGAGAAUUUAGUAUUUUUUUGUUGAUGAAUGUUUUGUUAUUUUGUAUAUCAAUCAACCCCAUAUAAAUUCUUUUAUACAAAUCUGUCAUUGUUUUUGCCAUGUGCCAUUGUUUGUCCUAUGCUUAUUUAUAGAAAAUAGCCACGUAGAACACUAGUUGUGUGUCUUUAGAGUUGUGCAUGCAGAUUUGUAAAGGUUUGUUUAGACGUUGCUAUCAUACCUUUCUAUAUUCCUUCGCUGUUUCUUCAUAUUUUCAAGGUGGACUUCACUUUAUAAAUAGAUAUCGUAGCUACAGCCUCUCUAAUAAUCGUAUUUCAAAGCUAUUCGGUUUGUUUUCCAUUGUGAAAGUUUUGGCAGUUUUGAAACAAAUCAACCAUAGGGUUCUGUUUACUAUCUUUAGUCGACUAAAUCGUUUUAUGUAGGGGGAGGGAGGCAAUAUUGAGGCUUAAGGAGGGAAAAUUUUGCAUGAUCUGUUUAGAGUUCUGCAUUAACUGUGUAGAUCAACAAGAAUUCAAAUGAACUGAUUUAGGUUAUUGUUGGUUGGUGUUUCUCUAUGUUUCUUUAUAUGUGGCAUUUAUUUACUUGCCGAGCUACAAUAUCUGCUCUGUCACGUCCGUUGGUUAUCAAGAAGCAUUUUAGUUUUGGUUUUGUUCACAACGAGGAGUAGAAGCGUGUACCUCCAGCCUCAUUUUUGAGAAGAGGCAAAGCAAAAACGCCAGUAAUGUGGUCUUGCGGAUUGUUGUUGUACUGGAGCUGUCUAGUUUCCAUACUGCUCGACCUGAUGACGUAAUUAGUUUACCCUAAACCUAACCCUAAGCCUGACCCUGACCCUGACCCUGACCCUGACCCUAACCCUAACCCUAACCCUAACCCUAACCCUAACCCUAACCCUCUACUUGAAAUAAUUAAUCAUACUAAUUUAUGACUAUUAAUCAUGCUUAUUUAUGACUGUCAGGUCGAGCAGUAUGGAAACUAGACAAUUCCUGUUGUACUUGACUUUAGUGGUAAAAACGAUCUUUGUAUUAAAACUCUGAAUGUAUAUUUUGUCGGUAGAAUUUUUAUUUACUAUCUAAAUUUUUAGUAUUUA